AUGCCUCUAUGUUCUUUGAUAUUAUCAACACAAUCCGAAGAAGACGAGAAAUGGCUGGGUGAGGAUUUAUAUUCUAAAUUCCAUGCUCAAAGGGAAAAUGGCAAAAUUAUGAUUACGAUCGAAACAAAUUUUGACAUUAUUCUGAAGAAUUCAUCUCUUGACUACUUGAAGAAGAAAUCAAUAUGA